AUGAAGGAAUGUUUGAUAAAGCUCCCUACACUGACCGUGCCGUAUGAGAAGGAACCACUCAUACUGUACUUAUCUUCUUCGGAUAAGGCAGUAGGGUCGGUAUUGAUGGUAGAAAGAAACGGAGUUCAAACUCCAAUUUAUUAUGUUAGUAGGGUGCUUACCGAUCCAGAAACGAGAUACUCCACAAUGGGUAAGUUGGUACUGGCACUGCUUCAUGCUUCUAGAAGGCUGCGUAGAUACUUUACAGGGCACGUAAUCACAGUACUUACCAACUUCCACAUCGGCACAAUAUUGCAAAAACCAGAGACGUCUGGGCGGUUAGCAAAAUGGGCAAUCGAAUUGGGGGGCCACAACAUCUUGUAUAGGUCGCGCCCAGCCAUCAAGGGUCAAGUUUUAGCAGACUUCAUCACAGAAGUCCCGGUGGAAAAAAUCAAAGAUUGUGAGAUUGUUGAGACUCCCGGAAAAGACACAUCUAAUGAGCUGUGGUUACUAUACAUUGAUGGGGCAUCAAAUGAGGAUGGCACAGGAGCAGGGUUGCGCCUUGUAAGCCCCAAAAAGCAUGAAUUUACAUACGCCAUCAAGUUGGAUUUCAAGAACACCAACAAUGAGGCGGAAUAUAAGGCAUCCCUGGCAGGCUUACGUCUCGCCCUAAAAAUGGGGGCUCAAAAUCUACAAGCACAUGUCGACUCGCUUUUGAUCGCCAGUCAAAUCAACGGAAUCUAUGAUGCAAAAGGCGAAGUUAUGGCCUUAUAUUUGGAUCAGGCGAAAGAAUUGCUUCAGCAAUUCAAGUCAUACAAGGUAGUUCACAUCAAUUGUUCCGAAAACAAACCAGCAGACGCCUUGAGCAAGCUCGCUUCAACUUCCUUUCAACAUCUCACCCAAGAUGUAAGGAUUGAAGUACUAAAAAAUCCAUCAGUCCUGUUGCGCCAGGAAGGAAUACUCCCGGAGAGCAAAGCAGAGGCAAGGAAGAUUCAAAACAAGGCCCUGCAUUAUGAGAUGAAUGGUGGUAUUCUAUACCGAAAGUCCUUCUUGGGGCCCCUAUUGCGCUGUGUAGACCCCCAGGACGCGAAUUACUUGAUCAGAGAGAUUCACGAAGGAAUCUGUGGCAUCCAUGCAGGCCUGCGCAUGGUUGUCACGAAGAUUAUGAAUGCUGGUUAUUACUGGCCAGGGAUGCAUGUCGAUGCUCUAAGGGAGUUGCGCAAAUGUGACUCAUGCCAAAGACAAUCCCCGAAAACCCUGCGCCCGAAAAACGAUCUCCUUCUUGUAUCCACUGCUUGGCCUUUCCAACAGUGGGGAAUUGAUAUGGUGGGACCUUUCCCUGAUGCUCCGGGAGCCGUGAAGUUCAUAAUCGUGGCCGUUGAUUAUUUUACGAAGUGGGUGGAGGCCAAAGCUCUCGCCUCAACUACUACAAUGAUGGUGCGCAAGUUUAUCUGGGAACACAUCAUUUGCAGGUUUGGUCUCCCACUCAAAAUCGUCACAGACAAUGGUACCAAUUUUGCUUCCGAAGAUCUUCAAAACUGGAUGAAGGAAAUGAAGAUUGAGCAUACUUUCUCCUCGGUUGCACAUGCUCAAGGCAAUGGUCAGGUGGAAAGUGUCAACAAAAGUAUCGUUGAGGGGAUAAAAGCCCGUCUGGGCACGAAGAGAAGAGGCUGGGUAGAUGAGCUCCUAAGCAUCCUGUGGGCUCAUCGAACCAUGCCGAAAACAAGCACUGGCGAAACUCCUUUCAGCCUAGUCUACGGCUCGGAGGCAGUUAUCCCAGCUGAAAUCGGUUUGCCCUCGCCACGUUUGACAGCAGUCAAUACUAUCGACAACGAGGUAGAGCGUCAUCUGGACUUGGAUUUGCUAGAAGAGAGGCGCGAAAUUGCGCGAAUUAAACAAGCCAAGUACAAGACACAACUGGAAAGGUACUACAAUGCGAGAGUGCGCAUUUGUACCUUCACUCCAGGAGAAUAUGUCUUCCGAGACAACGAAGCUUCAAACGCUGAGCGCCCAGGAAAGCUAGCACCCAAAUGGGAAGGCCCAUACUUAAUACAUGAAGUGCUAGGGAAAGGGGCAUACAAAUUGCGCACUCUGGAUGGAUACAUCAUCCCGCGCACGUGGAAUGCCCAACAACUGCGCAAGUGCUACAUGUAA